AUGGCGUCCCAACCACCUCAUGACCGCACGCAAUUCCACAGUGCCAUAAUUUGUGCGUUGCCUCGCGAAGCCGAUGCCGUCACCUUGCUCUUCGAUCACUUUUGGGACGAAAGGCGUGAUCCCUACCGCUGGGCGGAUAAUGACACAAAUACCUACAUCGCUGGUCGCAUCGGAGAACACUUCGUUGUCCACGAGCCAUCCUCCCGAGCAUGGGUACCAACAGUGGGUGUGUCCAGGCAAUACUGGGCCAUUUUAGUUCUGAACCUGAGGCUAAAAUUCGCAUCCAGGCGAAAGUUUGAGUCAGUGGCCGAAUAG